AUGCCGCGUGCUUGCUUCGUCACAACGACGUGUCAGGGGAGGUUGAGCUACUACAUCGGGGGGGAGACGAUGACCCUGUGCCACUUGGAGCACCCCAUGUACAUGCUGGGCUACCUGCCCAAGGAGGACCGGGUGUACCUCAUGGACAAGCAGCAGAACAUCUACAGCUACCGCGUGCGCCAGGCCAUGCUACAGUACCAGACCGCCGUCGUGCGGAAGGACUUCGAGACGGCCAACUCCAUCCUCCCGUCCAUCCCCAAGGGAGAGUACACGGCCGUGGCCCGCUUCCUCGAGAGCCAGGGCUUUAAGGAUGAGGCGUUCCAGGUGUCCCUCGACCCCGAGCACAAGUUCGACCUGGCCCUCGAGCUGGGCAAGCUCACCGAUGCCAGGCAGAUCCUGGACGAGAUGCCGAAGGAGGAGUAUGACACCACGGACGCGCAGAGCAAGUGGAAGCGCCUGGGAGACCUCGCCCUCACCAACACAGCACAGCGCAGCGCAGCGCAGCGCAGCGCAGCGGCAGUAUCAUACGACCCAGGCGAGAACAAGACAGCAACAGCAACGAUAACGACGCGAACAACCCCACGGUUUCUUUGGGCGGGGCAGGUGGAGGAGUGCCUAGAGCUGCUGGUCAGCGCCGGACGUGUCCCCGAGGCGGCUUUCAUGGCGAGAACCUACCUGCCGUCCGCGAUGGGCAGGCUGGUGGAGCUCUGGAAGAAGGACCUGGCUACCGUGUCGGCGAAGGCCUCCCAAGCUCUAGCAAACCCGGUGGAGUACCCCAACAUGUUUGACGACCUCGACUGGGCCCUUAAGGUGGAGGACAUUUUCCGCGCCGGCAGCGACGUGGUCAUCCCGGCGGCGCAGUGGCCCACCGCUAAGGACGACCUCGAGAUGGACCUGGUGCAGAUGCUUAAGGACCAGGCCGCCAAUGGAGCGAUUCCCCCGACCCCCCCUGCCACGACCGCAACGCCAUCAACGGACCCCCCCGCCGUCGCCGCCGCCAGCAGCAGCAAUGGCAACAAAACAGCGGCGGCGGCAGCCGCAGCAUCAGCUUCAGCUUCAGCAGCCGCCGCCGCAGCAGCAGCAACAUACGGGGACGGCAACUCUUCCAUGAUCACCAUGGCGGGAUCGCCCCCGCCCCCCUCGGGCAGGAGCGCCGGCGUGUCGCGGGUCCCCUCGGGUGUGAUGAAGGAGGACGGGGAGGUGUUCGAGGAGCCCCCGGACGUGGCCGCCGCCUCCGCCGCCGCCUCCGCUUCGGCGUCCGGGACAGAGAACCGCGAGGACCUGGACGUGGAGCUGGAGCUUGAGGCCGCGGCCGCCGCCCAGCCUUCCGACCUGGGCAGCAGCAGCGAGGGAGGCGGGGGCGGGAGCCGCAACGGCCUCGCGGACUUCGACGAAGCAGAGGAAAAGGAGGCCGCGAGGGCCGCCGCUGCCGUUGCCGCGGAGGAAGCUGCCGCCGCUGAGGCUGCCGCGCUUGCCAAGAAGGAGGCUGACGCCGCCGCGGCUGCCGCUGCUGCCGCUGCCGCCGCUGCGGAGAGGGAGGCUGCGGAAGCUCAGCGCCGCCGCGAGCAGGAGGAGCAGGAGCGGCAGGCCCGAGAGCGGGAAGAGACGCGUGCCGCGGCGGAGCGGGCGCACGCGGCGGCGGAGGCGGCGGCGAGACAACAGGCCCUGGCGGAGGCCGCGAAGAAGAAGGCCGUCGAGGAUGCUCGCAUCCGGGCGGAGUCCUCUUAUCAUGUUGUGNGACUCGCAGCUGAGGAAGAGGCUAGACUGGCGGAGGAAGAGGAGGCCGCGCUUCUCGCGGAGGCGGAAGCGACCGCGGGGGGCGGCGGGAAGGCCGAUGACGAAGACUUGGACCUUGAUGACGACGACUUCGGAGACGAGUGGUAGAUUUUCGUAGAUUUGCUGCUGCUGCUGCUGCU